UCCCUAUAAAACUGCUUCGUUCAGAGUCGAUAUAUUUCACGUCAACUGUUGAGGAUUAGUUAGCUUUCAAGCUCAGGACCAAAAAAAACAAUAUCAGGUGUUAAAAGCAGAGCCUACAGCCUGGUGCUGGUGGGAGGAUACAGAGCUUGUAUAAUUCCCAUUCUCUGCCACACCAAUCGACAAUUCAUUGUGUAAUGGAGAGCGGAGACGUGGUGUUGAGUAUUUUCGACAGUCAUGUGGUAUUGGACAAUGGUAUUGUAAUGGUGACAUUGUCGAAACCAGGAGGAUGCGUGACCGACAUUCAAUAUGGCGGUAUAAUCAACUUAAUGGAGACUCUCAAUUUGGAAUCACACAGAGGGUACUGGGAUCUCAACUGGAACGAACCAGGAGGUCCACUGCAAUCUGAUUUGAUCCAGGGAAGAGAAUUUAGUGUUGUGGUGGAGACACCAGACCAGGUGGAGGUAUCGUUUGUUCGAAACUGGGACUCUGUCUCUUCACCGCCCACAGAUAUUCCUCUAAAUAUAGACAUAAGGUAUAUUUUACUCCGAGGGAGUUCAGGGUUCUACGCGUAUGCUAUCUAUCAGCGGCCGUCGGGAUUUCCCGAUUGCGAUCUUGUGCAGACUCGAAUGGUGUUUAGACUAAGCAAAGACAAAUUUCAGUACAUGGCAAUAGCAGACGACAAACAGAGAGUAAUGGCUAUAGAAGACGAUAGAUCACCAGGGAGAUGCCAAAAGCUUGCCUAUCCAGAAGCUGUUCUGCUCACUAAUCCAAUAAACCCGGCGCUUAAGGGCCAGGUGGAUGACAAGUAUCAAUAUUCAUUGGAUAAUAAGGAUGGAGGAGUUCAUGGAUGGAUUAGCUUUGAUCCUAUGGUUGGUUUUUGGAUUAUUUUUCCAAGUCACGAGUUUCGAAAUGGAGGGCCUACAAAGCAGAAUUUGACACUACAUGCAGGACCCAUUUGCCUUGCUAUGUUUCAUAGUGGUCAUUAUAUUGGCGACAACUCUUGCAAAUUCCGUAAUGGAGAGGCAUGGAUGAAGGUUCUUGGUCCAUUUUAUGUGCACUUGAAUUCAUCUUCAGAAUUUGUAGAUCCAUUUUUACUCUGGAAUGAUGCAAAGCAGCAGAGGCUUUAUGAAGAACAAAGCUGGCCAUACUAUUUCCCUGCUUCCCCUAAUUUUCUAAAGAAAGAGGAACGAUGUUCUAUCUCUGGAAGAUUUUUGGUUGAUGAUAGAUUUAUUUCUACGCAAAUCUUUCCUGCUGAUUCUGCAUACAUUGGGUUGGCUGCUCCUGGUGAGGCUGGAUCUUGGCAAAAGGAAAGUAAGGGUUAUCAAUUCUGGACGAAGACUGAUCAAAAUGGAUAUUUUCAAAUUGUUAAUAUCAAUGCUGGCGAGUAUAAUAUAUAUGGAUGGGUACCAAAUGUAGUUGGUGAUUACAAGAAUGAGAUUGCUCUUCAACUCUCCCCAGGUUCAUCCACUGAUCUUGGUGAUUUGAUAUACAAACCACCAAGAAAUGGACCAACUUUAUGGGAAAUUGGCAUUGCUGAUAGAACUGCUUUGGAAUUCAAUGUUCCAGAUCCAAUACCAAAGUUUAUCAAUAGCCUAUAUAUAAAUCACCCUGAAAAGUUUCGUCAAUAUGGACUUUGGGAAAGGUAUGCAGAUUUGUAUCCUGAAAAUGAUCUAGUUUAUACAGUUGGGAUUAGUGACUACACCAAAGAUUGGUUUUUCGCUCACGUUACCAGGAAGAGAAAUGAUGGGACAUAUCAAGGAACAACAUGGCAAAUCAAAUUUCAAAUUAAUACAUUGAUUCAAAUUGGGUUUUAUACGUUGUUCAUAUCAAUUGCAUCCCCAACACGUUCUAUUCUUCAGGUGCGAUGCAAUGAUCCAAAAGUAGAGCCUCCUCAUUUUGAGACUCCACUAAUUGGACAAGACAAUUCAGUAGCUCGACAUGGAAUUCAUGGAUUUUACCAACUUUUCAUGAUGCAAAUAAAUCCUUAUUGGUUGGUACAUGGGAAUAAUACAUUAUUCCUCACACAAAGGGUGAAUACAGGUCCAUUUAAUGGCAUUUUAUAUGACUAUAUACGAUUAGAGGAGCCUGAUGUGCCAUAUUAAGGAAUCAAGGUCAAUAUUUAUUGAUGAACAUAUUUUAUAUGAUUAUGAUGCUUUUACAAGGCACGUCCUUGAUGGGAAUAAAAUAUCUUUAAAUGUUUGGAAGGAUCUCUUAGUUUUUAAUGUUUUUAUUGUAAAUAUUAAAAUCAAAACAUCUUAAUUCUAAUCAAUCAACAUAAUUAUAGUGUUGUGUCCAA